AUAAUUUGCCAGCAACCGUUUUAAUUAUGCCGAAAACGCGUUCCGAAGUAAGUAAGGAUGCCGCUGCGAGAGAGGGAGAUAGCGAUACAAAUGACGAUUUCGAAGAAACGGUUAUUCGACAGCCUCCAGCGAGUUCACUCGCUCACCAAUCGCUCGAGAUGAGACUAACUGAAAUUCUUCAGCAGGUGCAAAAUCUUCAAGAAGAAAUAAGGCAAAACAGAUUAGUGCAAGCAAACACGGUUGCCACCGACGAAAUAAUUGCGACGGCAUUCAGCGUAAUCGGUCGUUCUCAAGCUAGCUCCCAGCCCGCUCCGACACGUAAACUAUACGAUUUGCCGGAAUUUGAUGGGCGGCCAGAGGACUGGCCGAUGUUUAAAGAAACGUUUUUAAUGACAACUGAAGUGUAUCAAUACAGUGACACUCAAAAUAUGAUGUCGCAUUGAGCAACUAGUGACAUUCGCGACCAAAGUCCAGAACUUGUCUUCGUUUCUUCAGGCGGCUGACUGCGAACACCAUUUGUCCAAUCCGACGCUGAUGGAAGAACUGCUGCUGAAGCUUCCGGUACAAAGACGCAUCGAGUGGGUACGUCAUGCUACAUCAAUUGUUCCGAGACCAACAAUUUGUCACUUCAGCGAAUAGCUACAAGAGCUGUCAACGAUUGUGAGUUCAGCCUGCGCGUAUACGGGUUCGGAGCAGCGCCAAAAUAAAUAUGAGGGGCGUCCAAGGAUUUUCCACGCCAGUGAGGCUAUCAGUGACGGUUCGUCGCGAACGAAGUGUGAUGCAUGUACAGAGAGACACUGGUUAAGUAAAUGCAGGAGAUUUCUGGCGAUGGAUCUCGGUGACAAGUGGCGUCUAGUUCGUCGAAAAAGGCUGUGUUUCAACUGCUUGAAGGGAAACCAUCGCAGCAAUGCUUGUGAAGAACAGCACGAAUGCGGAGUUAGGGGUUGUACGAAAAUGUUGCACGCACUUCUUCAUGAACCCAGAGAUCGAGAGUGGCAGUUAGCGCAGCGGGGGCAGGCAUCACAGUCGACACCGCUGUUAGCGACACAACAGACUUUACCAUCGGCAUCAGGACAUGCGGCGCAGAGGCAUGGGGCAUUUGAGGCAGAGGUACAGCAAGUCUUUACGAAUACUAUAGGGCAAUAUCCCGCGCCGAACUUAUUAUUUAAGAUACUCCCCGUGUUGCUAUACGCCAAUGGUAAGGGAAUUUAGUGCUACGCGUUCUUCGAUGAAGGGUCAGCCAUAUCAUUGAUAAAUAGUGAGUUAGCAACGCGCCUCCGGUUUAGGGGCGAUAGCGAGAAUUUGACGUUACAGUGGUUUGGUAGCACGACCGUUACAGAACCUUCGAGUAGGGUGAGUGUACAGAUUUCAGGUGUCGGUCGUAACCGCA